GUGGCUUCAGUCGAAAGUGUUUAGAUCACCGGCAGCAUCCCAAAUAGCAGCUGUGCCCGAACGUGCGGUCGUCCAAUGCAAGGAUAGGAGUGAUCGUUCAUCAGUAGUCAAGGUUAGCUCGGAGGGGUUGGUUGGUUGCGUGAACUUGUUUUGGGACCCGCGCAGUCCCCGAUCCGUUAGUAACCGAAGAUGUUGGCCACAUCGAUCUUUCUCGCCGGUCUGCUGUACAGCAAACCACUGGCCGCGGUACCCGCCAUCGCGCUAGUGUUUCUCAUUUACUGGCUGUUACGGUACAAUUACAAAUUUUGGAAAAUCAACAACGUGCCACAUCCGAAACCGUCGCUGCUGGCCGGUAACGUGGGUGCAACGUUUACGCUCCGGAAGCACAUCUCUCAGCUCGCCAGCGAUUGGUACAACGCCUUUCCCAAUGCGACCUUUGUUGGAUACUUCAACGCCUUAACUCCAGCCAUAAUGGUCAAAGAUCCGGUGCUGGUGAAGAACAUUCUAACCCGUGACUUUGAGUGUUUUGCGAAGAAUGAUUUCAUGGUGGACCCCCGGUACGAUCCGCUGCUGGCCCAUAGUCCUUUUGUGUCCUUCGGUGAAAAGUGGAAACGCUCGCGAACCCUUCUGACGCCAUCAUUUACCGGUGCGAAAAUGAAGCAACUGUUCCCGGUUAUGGAUUCGGUGGCCGAUGAGUUCGUUUCGUUCAUCAAGCGCAACCUUGGGCAUGAGCUAGAAACGAAGCAGAUUUCAGCACGCUUCACGACCCAAAAUGUGGUCGCGUGUACGUUUGGUGUGGAUGGCGGGUGUUUCAAUGAUACCGAUAGUGAGUUCCGAAUGAUGGGCCGCCGGGUGUUCGAUGUGUCCCAUUCGAUGACUUUUAAAUUGGUGCUGCAAACGUUUGUUCCGCCGAUUGCAAAGCUGCUACCUAUAUCAUUUGUAAGUAAGGAUGUUGACGAAUGGAUAAGAAGCUUAGUGGCAGGUUUAAUGAGCAAACGAAUGAAUGCUCAGCCCGUUGCGGCGCAGAAGGAUGAUUUGCUGCAAUCUUUACUGAGUAACAUUAACAAACACAAUGCAUCCCAAACUGAAGUAACAGCUCAUGCGCUAACCGUGUUUAUCGAAGGAUUCGAAACGUCUAGUGCGGUUCUUGGGUUUGCCUUGUACAGGUUGGCAAAAAGUCCGGAGAUACAGCAAACACUGUUCGACGAAGUGAGCAAGGUAUUGGCCGCUCAUGAUGGGCAGCUUAGCUAUGAUGUGAUGCAGCAGAUGGAUUAUUUGGACUGGGUGAUCAUGGAAACGCUUCGGAUGCAUCCACCGGCGGCAACGAUGCACAAGACGUCCACCAAGAAAUACAUCAUGCGUCGGGGACAACGGGAUGAGGCUGGCCAUGAUCUGGGAGUGUAUGUCCGGGAAGGAACUCCCAUCCUGAUACCAGUGCUGGCGCUCCAUAUGGAUGCCAAAUACUUUCCAGAGCCACAGCAAUUCGACCCAGAACGGUUCAGUCCGGCAAGGAAGGUGACACACGAGGGCACCGUGUAUCUGCCAUUCGGUGAAGGACCAAGGAUCUGUGUUGGAAUGAAGUUUGGUCAGACUCAGGUGAAGCUGGGUUUGCUGAAGCUUAUACUGCAGUACCGUGUGUCGAUCGGGCCUAACCAUAAGCCGUUCUGCGUUGAUCCACGGUCGCUUAUAUACCAGGCCAAACACGGAUUGCUUUUGACCUUCGAAAGACGCUAAACGUUAAUCAGUAAUCAGCGCAUCGUGUGACCUCGAAUAGAAUUGUACAUUCCUUUGAGUCGUGAAUAAAACAACCAUACACUUGUUACGUGA